AUGCUAAAAAAAAUUUGCUGCUGUUGCUGCAUCCUUGUUGUAAUACUUGGUGCCCUCAGCGGCACUGGUUGGUUCGUUAUCCGGCAAUUCAGCCCCUUGAAAUCGGUCAUCUACAAUGUCACCGAUGCCUCACUGACCCGAUUCAACCUGACUGCGGCCAACAACACCAUCCAAUACAAUCUAUCCCUCAACAUGACUGUUGAAAACCGUAACAAAUGGAAUGACUUCCACUACGAAAAUUUUGAAGCCGUUGCUAGUUAUAAGAACCAGGAUUUGAGUAAUAGUAGCUUGGCCCCCUUUCUCGUAGGGCACAAGAAUUCGUUUGUAUUGACUCCAUCGUUCGAGGGGCGGCGACUGGUGGCUCUUUCGAAUGAUGAGGUUUCGAAUUUUAGGAAUUCUACAGUUUUCGAUAUCGUUUUGAAGCUCAAUUUUAAGUAUUGGACCAAGAUUGGUGCGGUCAAGAUUGACAAGGAGCUCCAAAUGGCUUGCUAUUUCAAGGUUCCAUUGAGUUCUGGCGGAAAAUCAGCUGAAAAUUUUGAUAGCACCAAGUGUGAUAAGGCUUAA